AUGUCCACAUCAGCUUCCAUGGAGUGCCUCAAGGACAACUUUGUCAAGGGUCGACUUUUGGAUGGUCGUUUCCGUACUGUGGCCCCGCUAAACCAUGGAUCCUUUGGCAUGGUCUUCCUUGCAACGGAUACCACAACUGGCAAUGACGUCGCCAUCAAAUGCCUGACCAAGUCAGCCUCCACCGACUCGUCACCUGACGACCGCUUUGAAGAACUGGAGUGCCACCAGCGCUUCGGUUUCCACUCGAACUUGGUCAACUUGGUUCACAACUUUGAGACGGAACACCACACCUACCUCGUUCUGGAAUACUGUGCCAAUGGUGAUCUCUACGAAGCUAUUCGUCUGAACCGAGGCCCCUUGGAGACUGAGCAUGUCCGUGACUUUAUGCUUCAGUUGAUCAGUGCUGUCGAGUUUAUGCAUGCCAAUGGUAUCUACCAUCGUGACAUCAAGCCAGAGAACAUCUUCUUGACCCAUGAUGGUGAUAUGAAGUUGGGUGAUUUUGGCCUUGCUACUCGAGAGCCCUGGUGCCAUGAAGCCUGCGUUGGCAGCGACCGUUACAUGGCUCCUGAGCAGUAUGAUCCCGGUGCUACUGGCUACUCCCCUGCUCAGGCCGACAUUUGGUCUGUUGGUGUCUGUCUGUUGAACAUUUUGUUUGCUCGCAACCCUUUCGUGACGCCCACCGAGUCCGAUGUGCUCUUUGCGGACUAUGUUCGUGACCGUCAGUCAUUGUUUGACAUUUUCCCCAACAUGUCUCAGGAUACCUUUGAGAUCCUGACUCACUGCAUGUCCAUUGACCCCACCAAGCGCUCGUUGGCUGAGGUUCGUCAAUGCAUUUUGCGUGCAAUUUCCUUUACCACCGAUGAUGAGUCACUGGAUGAGUUCUGCACCGAGGAUCGUGACGUUGUUACUGCCACUGUCAAUCGCGAGCCUCUCCGCACUCCCUCCAUCCAGAGCCCGCAAGUUAAUCAGGGCGAUUCCUUCCCCUGGGCCAAGGCCCUCCAGUCCAGCCCGCCUCAGGCCAUUCGCCAGCUGUCUGCCAUUCCGGACAACGAGAGCUAUACCGAGGAUCUGUUCCCUCCCUCGGAGGUGGCUGGUACUUCGUGGUUCUCUGUCCAUGCAGACUCCUCCUCAUUGGCCUCGGUGCUGGAUUCCGCCAUGGGCGAGUCCUUCCGCUCGCUUCACCUUGGCCGAAAGUACCAAACUCCACAGCUUCCUCGCUCGGAUCCUGUCCCCAUUACUGGAUCCCUUCCCAGCCAUACUUCCAAGCUCCUUCCAUCCCUCUCGAUGGUGUUUGGUAAGCAUGCGAACGAUCAAAUUUCCAAGAGCUGGAGUGAUCUCUGGGAAGAGGAAGAAUCGGAGAAUGAAGAAUCCGCACUCCAGAUGCGCCGUGAGCAGAACUCUCGCAGCUGGAGCCAGGAAAGCCAGAACACCCGCCUGCCGGAUCCUCUGGCGGGAUUGCGCGAGCCGGACUCCGCUUCCCCUACCGAACAAAUUGAUAUCUCGGAUAUUUCGCCCGCCGCCCCCCGUGCCAUUCGUGCCAAGUCCCUCGAUGUCGCCAGCGACGCCGGGACUUCCAGCAGCACGCCUCGUCCGUUCCCCCAGCCGUCGUCCACUCCCAAAAAGGUCUCACCCAACGUUGACAAGUGGGCUGAAUUGGGAGACAAGCGCCGUAACUUCAAGACCCGGGAACUCUUUGGUCCCCAGAGAGUUGCCAACAAUUGGCGCCGUGAUUGGGGCCUUGGUUCUUCCGGAUUCGAUCAUGGAUCCCGGACCAAGCGCGAGUCUCCUCAGUCUGAACGUCGCCGUCGUCUCUUCCUUGAGAAGGACUGGCGUCGCGAGACUGGAGAUGCUCACAAGCAUUCGCUCCAUCACUCGCCCUUGAAGUUUGCGGCCUACGACGGUAGUAUCGACGAAGACCUCGAUCUUGUGGGCGGAUGGCACGAUCUCCACCUGUAG